CAGCCUUUGAUUUUUCCGUGCAAAAGUGGUAUUCAAAUCGUGCAGAUGAAAAAGCAAACCGGUCGCCGUUUUUCGUGUCGGUAAUACUAGGAUGAAUCUUAUCUCAAUGCAAAACAUUACUGUUACAGGGCCCCAUUUUGAAUAAAACCUAUCACUAAUAUUUCAUUCCUUUGAUGAGUAGCGGCAUGAUGAUCACAUCAUCUUCAGUGUCUUUUACCAAGGGUCGUCGGCGGAAUUGUCCGUUCUUCGCAUCCUGUCAAUAAGAAAAAUCAAAAUCCUAAUCCCACUAUGCGUGAAAUAACCGGGUGGGGGUGUCGACGGUGCCGUGUCUGGGAUUUCUAGGGCGCGGGGGCUGCAUUUGUACCACUCAAAGCAGUGCCGGUCGUGAUUUCUUACCAACACGCACGUCGACAGGGGAGGGUGACUUACUUACUGCUAUUUUCGAGCUGAAACUACAAUUUUUGGAAUUGCACUAAGAAGAGCUGCCUCCCUAGGCGCAAUUGUACUUAGUUUAUUGAGUGCACCACGCGCAAGAUGGCGGAAGUUUUGCUAAAAUUGGUGGAGGAGGGGCGAUCCGACUACGAGAUCUGUCAGGGUGACUACGUGAAAAACCUGAAGCCCGGCGACCGCAACGUGGUGAUAAAAACGUCGGGGGCGCGGCAGUUGACCGCGCUGUCGUUCGCGGCCUCGCUGAAUUUGAACAAACUUUUGUCGCAGCUGCUCGACGCCGGGUGCGAUCCCAACAUCGGGAACCCGUCGGCCUUGCACUAUGCGGCCUCCUCAGGGAACAUAAACACGGUCCGACAGCUCAUAAAACACGGAGCGGACGUCAAUAUAAGAGACGCGUAUUUAUUGAUACAUUUAUUGUUGAAUUUUGGUUGCUGUUGCUCGCUCUUCGUUCACUAAAAAUAACGAUUUGUGUGAUUCGAUUGAUCUCAGAUGUAACUACAGACCCGGAUCUUCGCGCUCGGGUCGUGCCUAGGUGCUGGCACAAAUAACGCAAUUUUGGACGACUCUCGUGGCCUAUGCCAUGGUUCGUUAUUUCUAUGAAUGGAAAGUAGACAAAAUCAAAAACAGGUACGACCAAACACCCCUGUUUUUCGCCCGAAAUGCAGAGACGGUUCACUACCUGCUUGACCACGCCGCAAACACGGAUUUAAGGAACACGGCCGACCAAACACCACUACACACACUCGCCUUCAACGGCUGCAGCGAGAGCUUAACGUAAUUAUACCAAAGCAGACCUUUCUUGAAUUGUGAUUGUCGCAUGUUUUGUAGUUGCGCUUCCCGGUGGUAAGUACAUUGAUUUGUCUUUAAGUGAAUCUUUUUCGUGUCGUCUAUUUGUUCAAAAUCCACUUCACCACACCAAAACAGGUAUCUGAUGAAGGUCCUCCCGAAGGAAAUGCUGGACUGGCCCGACCGGGCGGGAAGGACCUGUCUGCACCACGCAGAGUACCACUUCAUUCAGGUUGGGGACCCGCAUUGCGUGGCGUUGCUUCUCACCAACGGGGCCAAUCACCUCUGCAAGACAAAUAAGGGCAUUGUCAUCCAAACAGAAACCAUGAACGCGGCGAUUACACACGCAAAGGUAUUAUAAGGGUUUUUCUUUCUUCGCGGUAGUAGAUCUCAAUGAGAAACAAGUUGUAGCCUAUCCUGGUGUUUAUCUUCAUCGUUGCUUUUUAGCAGGAUCAAAGAGCCCCCUCUGCGAGAUUGGCUUUUCGCAUGGCAAAUAAUACUUUUUAAUCAUCGAUGACAAAACAGCACCUCUCUGGCGCCGUGAUGAGUGACGUGAACAUUGAAGAAAUGGAGCAGAACAUCGCGGAAAACGCUGUUGCGGCGAAACUCCAGGCCGCCGCCCGCGGAAAAAUGGCCAGGAAAAAAGUCGACGAGAAGAAGCAGCAAAUGAAGUAUAAGAUGAUAUUUCUUGAUUGUUCUUUUGCAAAGAACAGCACUUCACUCAUGCAUGGAAAAAUGCAAGUUUUUGCCUCUGGGCACCACAUGCAUGAUCAUACAUGCUCCAGCAGGGUCUUGCUCGCGAAAUAUAUACUCCAAAGAAAAACUCCAAAUUCCCAUCAUCUAUGAAAAUCAGGCAAGAAGAGGAAGCUGCGGCCACCCGGGUGCAGAAUCUGUAUCGCGGGAAGAUGGCUCGGAAGCAGGUCGGUGCGAAACGGCACCAGAAGGCGCGCAAGGAGCAGGAAAAGGAGCUGCAGGAGGUGUUAGGCGCCGAAGUCACCAUCGACGAGGCGGAGAAGGCCGCGCAGAAGAUGCAGGCUGGGUUUCGGGGCCGCAAAGCCCGAGAUCGAGUGGACGACCUGAAGGUGGAAAACCGCUACAGCAAGCCGUUCGUGAUGUCGACCACCAGUUUCCGCCCGCCCGACGACCGCCCCCAGAAAUUCACCGUCACCAUCAAAAAAGAAUCCACCGACGACACGCUAGGCCUUGUUUUCUUGAACGGCGAAAGCCACUUCCAGCACAACUUCCCCUCCGUCCCCGCGGAAUACGCGCCGAAGGUACUUCAUUUUUACUUGCUUCCUUGUCGUCUACUGGUUUCUCUUUUUACAAAAUUCGCCGAUUAUGCGAAGUAGAUGAUAGGACGUUCUUCUUCUUGUGACUUCCUGCUUCUAGCUACGCGUGCUCGUCGCGGCUACACAAAUCCUUGUUUUCAACUGUAUCAGCGAAGCGCCGCUGACUAAGUGUUUUUUUGAAUAGCAUUUUCCAGCCACUGACUGACUAUCAUAUCCAAACAGUGUCUCGUCGUUACCCGCAUCGGGCUUGGCGCCGUCGUGGAGCAUAACCGUACCAUGGCCGAGGCGAGCAAUGAUUUGAACCACCAGAUCCGGGUCUAUGACCGGAUAUUGGCGGUCAACAAGGAGCAAGACGUCGCGAAAAUGAUCGCCGCGAUGCACAAUUCGCAGACCCUGGAGUUCGAGCUCUCCAUUGAGCGGUACCCAACGACCUUCCGGGUCAGUCUCGACCGGUCCGCGGGGAAGAAAAUCGGGUUGUCUUUCGACCGCAAAUACAGCAAAACCCACCUGCGCGUCCUCCACGUCAAGGGCGGGUCCGGCGGGGAGGCCGAGGCCGGCGGGGACGGCGGCGAGGCCGGGGGCGAACCCGUGGAGAAGGAAAGUCGGGAGACCUUACGGAUUGCAAAAAAGUCUGGGUCUGCAAAGAGUGGAGCUUGUGAUGCUGUCUUUGGAUUCUAAGACAAUCUGUACUGCAUGACCAGCAAGACGAGGAGUCCAGUUUGUGCUGCGCGGAGAGUGUAAUAUUUCUCAUGCGAUAGAGGCAUCGCAAAGCCCUCGACAAACCUGUGAUGCUAGAGCAUGCAUCACAGACAUCAUGGGCCAUUCAAAAUAUGCAUGGCAAGCCUGGCAAUCUUUCCGACCCAGACACUUUUGUAUUCCAUAGAAGUACGCGAAGAACAACUACGAACCAACGACGGUCGUAAUGGCGCACAACGUGAACGCCGCGAAGGCGGGGAAACACUGGCAGUGCCUGCAACGAAACCAAAUUAUCUCGGAGGUGAACGGAGAAACAAAUGACGCGACUUCCCUCGGGGAAGUAAUGCGCGACGCGAAAACUCACCCGGUGCUGCACAUGACCGUGCACCGGGGCAGCACGCAAGCAAGAAGAGAUCUCGCGGAAAUGCUCUUUUCCCCCGCACAUGAUUUGUACCUGCGACCCUCGAAGCUGCGCAACUUCACCGGGGUGACCAGGAGAAAACCGAAGACGCAGGCGGAAAAGAAGGCGGCGGAUAAAUUGUACACGCAAAACAUGUCAAGACAAGUGACGCAAAACAAGGAAACGGGGGAGAAUUACGUGUCCGCACUGUCGGUUGUGUCCCCGAAACAGAAGAAAGCCCGGGAACAGAUGCUGGAAAAGGCGGUGGCGGUCGAGGCGUUCAUGAAAAUGCAGCAAUACUGGGAAAAGGCGGUCAUUCUGUCGAUAAAUUUGAAAAAAACCGAAACGGUCACGAAAUUCGGGAUCUCGUUUUUCGACGGCGGUCAGGCCUUCACAGAAGCCAACAGGGGACUCGCGGUCGACGCACCGGCGCACCUGGUAUGAGUUUUCUUGCUGAUGAAGGUUUAUUUGUCCGGACUUGCAUACAAAAGAAAUGAUUCGGAGUUCCGCACCAUUCUGAGCCUCAGCAGCGGAAGAUACAAGCAGAGCAGCAGGAGUCUCUAUUCAAUCGUGUAUUUUUUGCAAAGAAGAAGACCAUGAGUUUGAGUUCUGCAUGCAGUAUGUGAAAAUUUGCGCAACAAGUAUAUCAAAAUCGAACUCCCCCACGAAAAAUCCAGGUGGUCAAAUCCGUCGUUUGGGGCGGACUCUUGCACAAUUACAACGAGGCGCAAACGGACGCCAACAAGAAGGUGAUCGUGGGGGAUCGCAUCGUUGCUGUCAACGGCGUCAUAUGCACUGCAAAAAUGUCUGGGUCUGGAAGGAUCCGAACUUGUGAUGCUAACUUUGGACUCUAAAAAAAAUCUGUAUUGCAUGACCAGCAAGAGGAGCCCAGUUUGUGCUACGCGGGGAGGGCAUUUGUCAUGCGGGAUAGGCAUCAGGAAGGCCUCUAAAGAUAUGUGAUGCUAGAUCAUGCAUUGCAGACAUCGCGACUCAUGCAAAAUAUGCAUGACAAACCCGGCAACCUUCCAGACUCAGACACUUUUGCAUUUGAUACGUCAAGGACGACGUGGAAGCUAUGAAAGAGGAGCUCCGCACGGGGGACGACAUCAUGGUGCAGGUUAUCAUUUGUAAAAACGUCCCCACGACCCCAUAGUUGUCAUGCAAGUCUGCAUGCUCAAAAUGUUCCUCAUGCGGAGCCCCAUGACAAGCAUUCUCUAGUCGUGUUUGGGAAUUUGUAAUGCUCUAAGCAGCAUAAUAGGAUAGACCUGUGAUGCUGCUGAACGAGCGAAACAGGACUAUGCUACGAGGUCAAACGUGUCAUGCGCAACACCCAAAGCUGACAGAUUUGUCUAGCAAAGAUUUGCAUCUUGACUCUGGGGUGGCGACGUUUUUGCACAGGAUACAGGUGCAGAAAUUUUCGCGCUACUUCAGCUUCUACACGAAGAAGGUGUCCGGCGACAUCGGGCUGUAUGAAAGCCUCAGAAUGGAAAUCCUCAAAGUGGAAAUAAUUUGUGAUGCAUGAAAUGCGACGCAAGAAAGACUGCAUUGCAGAGGACGCAAUGGAGGCCGACUAUUCUCCUCUUACGGGUAGAUAAUUGAGCUGCUGACUGGCACGAGAGAAGGGCACCCCUUUGCCCAACUAGCAUGACAGACACGUUUUGAGUGCUCGGGAAAUUUGUCAUGCGACGACUAGAAAUGGCGCCUCAACUGGAGUCGUUUUUUUGCAUUACAAGUCAUUUCCACUUUGCAGAUUUUCAACCUGUGGCUUUCAUAGACUGGGGCUGCAGAUGCAGGAGCACUCGGGGCUGCGUUCGGAAUUGAAAAUCGGCAAGGUCUACGGCGUCACGCAGGUGAUCAACAAACGUAUCAAAUGUAAAAAUGUCUGGGCCUGGAAACUUGUAAUGCUGCGUUGGCCCUCCUAGGUUUUUCUAGCCGUUGCUGGCUACGUCCCUACACUUUCCAAUUGAGGUCUGAGUAGGGACGAUUUUCUCUUUUUUCGCGCUGCCAAGCGGCGUGGCACGGCGAUAGAACAAGUUUUCACGCAGUGGUGAGCAUGCACCCACGGUGCGCUGCGUGUGGACCGAAACUUGUUUUAUGUGAGCACCCACGAAGACCUCCAGGCCUUUUAUUUACCGCAGGUCCGGUAAGCCUGUUCUCGGUCCUCGCGGGACCCCGUGUGGCUGUAGUCGUCCCGUUGCCGCUGGCUUUCUUAGUUAGUCGUAUCGUUCGAGCCGUACCGUGAUUUCGUAACAACGUCUCGUUCUAAGCUCUUCCUUACGUUUCCUUUAUUUUUGUUGGCGCGCCCUGCUUUUCUGCAUGCGCCAUCAGAAGUGCAUUGAAUCGCGGCGGGAUAAUUACGAAUUUUUUAUUGGUUUUAAGUAAGGCCUGAUGCCGGUAGGGACGAACAGCCCGUAGACUUCCGAUGUAAUGCUGCGUUGGGAAUAGUGAAUGCUCUGUAAUUCACAGCCAAGCAUGAGAAAUAGCUGCGCUUCUUUGUGUUGCGUUUUCCGCAGAAGAAACUGCGUUUUUGCAUGACAGGCAAAAGGGUCUCUUCUUGGACACGCAUCGCAAGCUUUUUGGUCAUGCCAGACAAGCAUGACAAGUCUCGCAAGCUUCCAGACCCAGACAUUUUUGCAUUUGAUAAAACGCCUCGUCCAGCAAAUGGGGAGGUAUGAUUUGGUUUUGGAGCCCUACAUGCGCCUUAUCGGCGUCAACGGACGGGUUGACUGUGACGCAACGGAACUGCGGCAGGAAAUCGCGGACGCAAAGGAGGGAAGCUGGCUCAAGUUGCAAGUCAGGAGGGCAGCGGUAUAGAUUUUUAAGGGGAUUUGUUGGAGGUCGUUUUUAGAUUUGGAGUCGUGUAGUGAGUCUCAUGCAAAAAGAAAAUCGCAGGCUUUGUAGCUUGACACGACUACUACCGGCGUUCUUGUUGAAAUAUGCCACAGCCUGGUAUAAAUAGAGGAUUUCCAUGUCGCGCGGUGCAACGUUGUUUCACUGUCCACCCGAAACUACAAACAUGAAAACACUUUCUCUACCCACAGGUUCUGAAGCUGGCAGUGAUGAAGGUGCGCAAGCAAGUGAUGGCGAUGAUGUUUCUACGGAAAAUGUCGUUCGGUGGGCCGCCAAGGAUCGUGUUUCCCAACGAAUCAGACUCGGAAGAGGAGGAGGACGAAGACGAUGAUGAUGACGACGAUGAUGAGGAGAAGGAGGAGGAAGAAGAGGAGGACGACUAGGCGGGUGCUGUGCGGAUUUCUUUAGGAGGACAACGGGCCAAGCCGUGGUUUUUUGUGGAUUGUUGGACAGCACGUGAUACUAAUAGAGUAGUGCACCCCGUCAAAGAACCGGUUUGAAAGUACUUUCAUACAUUUUCUGUACAAUGUCGAAAACGAAAAGCGAGGGUACAACUGUGCUUUAAAAAUGCGGCUGCAUCAGUAUUCUCGUGCAUCCGUGCUGCUUCUGGUUCUGGGUUUGCACUGCUUCCACAUUCACGUUGAACUGUAUGCUAACAUUUUGGUCGUAUUCACCCUGUACGAGAAGCCGAAAACUACGGCGUCUCGCUCCUCUAGUAGCUUUUUUGUCGCACCUCUGAUGUCGUUUUUUUCUCCCCAAGAAUAAAACUGAAUCGAUCCAUUGUCUCGCCCUGUUCGACGGUUGGUGGUUUAGAAGCUCCUUGUGAUUAUCGGAAGUAGUUUCAACCAGCCCGCUAUGGAAUAAUUGUAAUUCUACCUCCUUACCUGUACCUCCCCUAUUGCCUCCUGACUGGCCAGUGCACAAGAUGUAGUAUGAAAUUUGUAUCUUUUUUUUGUUCUCGCCAAGUUCAAAAAACCUAAAUUUUUCCCAGUUUGCUACCUAAAUUUGCUACUACCUCGAAUUUAAAUUUGCUACGUGGAAAACAAAAAGAUCGCCGUUUAAAGAUAGCGCUGUUUACAAGAGGUUUAUUGCGCGCUUGUUGUAAGAUUUCCGAAUGAAAACAGCGACAUUUUCUGAAAUUCUGAGCGCCACGCACUAAGAGCUAAAAACACCGCCACAACUCCGGGCACAAUUGCCAUACCAUUGAGGGCAUUGAAACAGUCUGCUGUGUGUUUCCUCAGCCACGGGAGAGUGGAAGCGCGACUUCUACGUGCCAGUCGGUUCAUCGAUCCAUCUAAAACGAGAUCCAAAUCUGCCUCUUUGUCAUUCUCAGAGAUUGAUAAGUAC